AUGAGUGCGUCUCCGUCACUGCUGCGCGCCUUCGCGCCGCGCGCCCCGCUCUCUGCGACCUGGACAUGCACCAACUGUGCCCGCCAAGCCCUCCGUUCGCGCGUCAAGCCUGCCUCGCUCCGUCGAAACAUCAGCGGCACCGGCAAGCCUGCUCAGAGCACCACCCAGAAUGUCGCGCCCACCAUGGAGCAGUUGCGCGAGCCGUACAGGAACAAGAACCGCUCCACUGCCUAUUACACUCUCAGCAUCAUCCUCGGCACCGUUGCUCUGUCGUACGGCUCCGUGCCAAUGUAUAAAAUGAUUUGCCAAACUACCGGCUGGGGUGGUCAGCCCAUCAAGUCGGCCGCCCACGCCUCCCUCGACGGCGACCCCGCCGACCGCCUCCAGCCCGUUACUUCGGCCCGUCGACUUCGAAUCACAUUCAAUGGCUCCGUCUCAGACGUGCUGCCCUGGAAAUUUGUGCCGCAGCAACGCGAGGUGCGCGUCCUACCCGGCGAGACGGCCUUGGCAUUCUACACGGCCACAAAUAAGAGCGACGAGGACAUCAUCGGCGUGGCCACGUACAGCGUGACUCCAGGUCAGGUGGCCCCGUACUUCAGCAAGAUCCAAUGCUUUUGCUUCGAAGAGCAAAGGCUGAACAAGGGCGAAACUGUCGACAUGCCUGUCUUCUUCUAUAUCGACCCAAGCUUUGUCGACGACAUUAACAUGAAGGGCAUCGAAACAAUCACACUGGCAUAUUCGUUCUUUAGAGCAAAAUAUGACAAGGAUGGUCAUCUAACACCAACGGCGGCGUGA